UCUGAGAGGAGAGGGAAGUUCAGUUUGUUUAGGUCGCGGCAUAUAACGCUACUAAAAUAGUCUUUUUAUCAUACAGAUACAGCUUCUGCUCUAUAUACAUCUCAGUUUGAUAGCUGUGCCUCUUAUUUUCAGGAUCUUCCCUCUUAAGUAAAUUCAGCUGCAACAAAUGGCAGAGCCCUUGAUCAGUGUCCAGGAGAUGCAGCUCUGGCUGGAGAAAGUGAUGGCUUGGGGCCAGGCUGACAGCCCAGACAAUCAGAGAGACAUCUGCCUGCACUUGAGCAGAUUGAGGGAUUUCCUCCAGAAACUCCUUACACACAUCGGCAGCAUGAGCUCCACCACAGAGGCCAUGAAGACCUUGCCCCUCCUUGGCCAGUUCCUGGGUCAGCUGUGCUGGAUCCCUUAUGUUACUGCUGAUGCCCCAAGCAGAGCACUCCUGUUCCAGUGUCUAUGGGGUCUCUACUCAGAGCAUCCAGACAAUGCUAUGGAAAGGAAAGCCAAUCAGUGGAUACGGAAAGUCUUGUGUCAGAUCACCACAGAUGACGAUGAUGGUGCAGCACAGGCAUUAUUAAUGGAUGUGGGCCUACCACCAGCUGAGUACCAUCUUAAAGUCCUGAAAAAGACGGUGGCACUGCUACGGGAAAAUAUAGGGAAGAGCUGCAGUUCUCCAUGUGGCAUAAGCCAAAGGUGUUCAUGCGAUCGCAUUCUGGCCACAUCAGAAGCAUGUGUGCCUCUUGUCACCUGUCCCGAGGCUGCUUCUCUCAUUGGAGCACUGCUGCAGACGCCACUGACUUGUACUAAGGCAGCUCUUAGCGAGGACUUCCUUGAUGCUCUAAGCUCCGCCUACUCCUGCCAGCGCUUGUCAUUAGAGGAACAGGCAGUCGUCUCUCUGUGGUAUCACAGUCUGUCCAGCCUGGAAGAAGCAGUCCUCAGUCUGUUGGAGUCUGUUCUUGCCAACACAAGGCCAACUCCACAGAGGCUUGAGCAGCAACUAGCACAGUCACUGUUGCCUAAAGCCUGUGUUCAACAUUGUUCUAUAUUCUUGGUUGUAAACGACAUUUUCAGGUUUACCCUUAAGCAAGCAGAAGAAAAUGAGUCUGUUAGGCGUCUUAUCCAAGCCUUCACCAGCUGUUUCCUCAGGGAGCUGGCACUGCAAGAGCCACGGAAGCGUGUACCUUUGAAGGCCUUCUUUCCACAGUCACCUCAGUCUCUUCUUGUCCCUCUUUUGACCAAGCCAUCAGAGAUGCCUCAGGAUGCUUGGAGACAUCACCUGAACUGGCUCAGCGGCUCAUUACAGAGACUGGCGGAGGAGGAAGAGGACAGAGACGGAGACGGCAGCACCAGAGGGCACCACAAGCUGUUCGAGGCCUGGUUCCUGCUGGUUCGAUGUGCCCACUGGGUGGAGGUAGCUAUCCAGCUUCUGGUGACAGCAGGGUCCGAGGACUGCAGCCUUCUCCUGUGGCUGCUCUCGUUUUAUCAUCACCCCACCAACAGGGGGCACCACAGAGAUGAACAGCUGGUACGCAUCAAAGAAGCAUGGGACCAUCUACACUCCGUUUUCUCAGUCGUAGGUCAUCCUCUUCCGGUCGAUCGGUUGCAGUCACUGGCCGCCCUGCUGUCAUCUCAACCUCAGCUGCCCUCACCAGCUCCUGUAUCGAUCCUGAACCUCUUGGUCAACUCUGCUGUUUUCUCCCAGCAAUCGUUGAAUGCAUCAACAGAGAUUUUCCACACGGUGGUGGAUCGGUCUGGUCUGGUUGAGGAAGCAGCGUGUGCUCUCAGUUCACUGGAGCUCAGACUAAACGGUGGAAGCUGCUCAUCAAGCGAUGCUAACCGAGUUCACCUCAGGAUCAAGGCUCUUCAAAACACACUUGCACAUAUGCACGCACAUGCCUCGACGCACUAAAACAGGUGGGAGUGCAUGGCAGCACACACACAUUAAUGCACAGAACCACAAAGGAGCGAGUUCACCCUCAGCUCGGUGUUUUCGUUAGCAGAAUGACAAAUAGCCACUCUGUUGUGUAGAUAUGCUGCGGUAAAAUGACAGGAGUGUGUCAAAACAACACAGCGAGGAAAGAUUAUGUGGAGAGGCUACAAUUAUACGCAUACACAGAGAACACAGCUACAAGGCCCACAAGGACACUUCACCAGUGACAGAUCACACUGCAAAGAAGCAGCAGCUCGUACAACGUGUCAGUGUCCUCCCACUCGUAUAAUUGUUUCACAAUAUAAAUCCUUCAUGCUACACAUGCUCAGGGGAAGAUAUUUAGGAAUGGAGGAAAGGAAAUUCAAAUGCCAAUCAAUAUGUAUAAUUAAUAUUUGUGCUGAAAUGUAUUUUUAAUAAAAAUAAAUAUUAUGUGAUGUGAUUUUUGAACACUGAUUGUACAAAAUAUAAAUAUUUAACAAAAUACUGAUGCGCUUGUGUGUGCAUAUGUUAAAAAUUACCACAUGACUUUACAAUUAAGAAAAAAAAACACUUUUUGAGAAAAUCUCUGUUUUUGGGCUUUGUGGCAAACUCAUAUUAUAAACUGUUGAUGCGCUGGAAUUGGAUAAAAAUAUAGACAUAUUUUUCUUGAUGUGAGUGUAAUGAAAUGAAAUAUGAGUUGCAGAAUGAAUCACAUAAUACAGGAAAUGCAAUA